AUGAAGCUAGAAGAAGUGAAAACAAACAUAGGACUGGACGCAGCAGUGAGUGUAGACGUAGUAAAUGCGGACGGAAAGGCACAAAAACUGAGUGUGGAAGGUGGAGCACUAGUUCUUACGGAAGGCAGUUCCCGGUUACGAUGUUGGCCUAUACAUAAUAUUAAGAUAAAGACAGACUUGUCGGGUGGAGUGAGCAUUGAAGCCGGAGGAGAAACUCUAUCGUGGACUAGCAACAUAGAACGUUGUAAAACAUCUUUGAAUAGAUUAACACAAAUUGUAAUCACAGCAUCCUUGCCAGUUGGGAUGGGACAGCCCUCAGAUGCAGCUUUAGCUGCUUUGUUGGAAGAUUCUGAACCUGAUGAUACAGAUGCUGAGAGAAGAGUCAAACGGCUUGGAGAUAGAUUAGCACGACUUGAUGCACUUAAUGUAGCUGGAAUGCUUGCAGCCGCAACUGAAGGUGGUGGGGCUCAAUUGGCAGCUAAACUGGAAGCGGGAAGUGCUGCAGGGACUGCACUUUCAACUCGCCUGUCUCGACUAGAAGCACUGACUCGUGCAGCACCCGCAGCAUUGCACGCGCGGUCAGGGGCGGCACGUUCGGACGCAGCAGCCCGUGCACUACUUGUCGAACUUACUGAAAUAUAUGAAUGGCUUGACAACCCUGCUCUUAAAGACCUUGACACACUAUCAGAGAUAUCGUUGGCUACAGUUGAUGGUCGCGCACGAGCACUACGGGCGGCUGAAGCACUACGUAACGCAUUGAGGGGUGAAAGAACAGCUAGUACUGCUCGCUUACGGCUGGGGGCAGUGCGUGAACGGUUAAGAAGAUUGGCUCGUGCGAAAGACAAUUUGGCUGCUUUAUUAGCACGACAUUUGAAUAAUGCUCUCAUACAUUUAGCAAAUGAAGCCCACGCGCCAACUCCCAAUACUAGACGUUCUCAUCAUUCUGAGCUGAUGCCUUAUGCACCAUUUAUGCGAUGGCUCAAAGAUAUGGACGAUAAAGCCUAUGAUGGUCUGGUCAAGGUGUAUGUGAGCACAUGGUCGCGUGUACACGAGCGAGAGGCACGUGUUUGGUGUGACGGGGCACGAACAUCACUUAACACACAGUCAGCCACUGUAGAUGAUCUAUUGGAUGAGGUGCUAACAAUGGUAGAAACAACUUGCAAUGCUGAACAAGACUUUUGUACUCAAUUCUUCUAUUUGGAUGUUGAUGUUAAGAGUGACAAUAGUGACGGCGAACGUAGCGAAAAAAGUGAUGGUGGUGAGAGAAAUGAACAGAAGAAAAGUACGAGCGAGACGAAAAAAUUGUUAGGAGAACUAUUUCCAGCACUGGAGACGGAGUUGGUGUCACUGGUUGGAAGUAUAGAGAAACACGAGCCGUAUGGUGCUAUGCGUGCUUUGGCCUGCGUGGGUCGACGUGUGCUCGGUGAAGGAGGGGAGGGUAGUGAGGUGUGUGCGGGGGAGGCGAGGUGGUCGCGGGCGGCGCUCGCCGCAGUCGCUGUAGCAGCCAAGAGGGGGGCGGACAGGGCCGUCGCUGAUAGACUCGCCGCGUUGAAUGACGCUGUCAAACAGGCGGCAAAGAAACCGAAAUGUGGCAUCCUCAGCUUCAUACCGGAGCUGGAAGAGAUGAGUUCAGUGUGCGAGUCGAUAUUCGCUCGCGGCCGGCGGGCUGAUUUGGACCGCUGGUAUCUUUCCUUGGCCACUGCGAUGUUACGUACAAUCCAACUGGCCGAACACCCUCGAACACCGAGAGCUGUAGUACAAAUGGAGAACUACCAUCGGCUUCAUGCUUGCGUUUCUUCGUUGCGAGUGACGGCCUUGGAUAGUUUACGUCGGGACGCACGCAUGCGAUACUCCGAAGCACUGAAGCAGUAUGUCACACAGUACUUCGGAAGGCCAUUAGAGAAGUUGGCUCAGUUCUUCGAACGAGUUGGCGAAGCGGUGGCGAGCGGUGUGAAAGAGGACGAGGUUUGUUACAGAACCGCCUUCAGCAAACACGAGCUCAGACGGCUCUUGGCGCUGUAUCCAGCUCAUGAAGUACGCAAGUCCCUACAUCGCUUGUAUCGUACAGUGGAGAAGCAUCUUAGCGAGGAGGGUGGAUUACUGCAAGUAGUUUGGAGAGCUAUGCAGGAAGAGUUUAUAGCUCAACACGUGGCUUUACAGGCUCGCAUCGCUUCUUGCUACCCGGGUGCAGGACUCACUCUGCCUCUCAGUACACAAGACAUACUCGAUGCAUUCUCUGACAUCGCUAGGGAACAUUAA